UCAGUCAGCUGUUUGUUAGACAUCUGUCAGGGGAUUCCUUCAGAGUUGACUAAGCAUUCAUUCAAAAGGCUGAUAUCUAUGGAAAAUUGUUUCCAUUCUACAAGUUAUAUUUAUUAGGUGGACCUGGGGUAUAACUCUCUUUGCCAGAAGCUAUAAUCAUUGACCUAAAUUCAACUUCACAUGUUAAUCUUCUGCUCCUUAAUUUGGAGGUAGACAAAAUGAGUCAACGCUGGUGCUUGGACUCUUUGAUCUUGCUGCUACAUAUUGGCCAUUCCAAGAGAGUCACAUGAUGAAAAUACAUUUUAAAUGAAGAUGCUGUAACACUGUGCUGCCUACGUUUCUUUGGCUUCCGGUUGUGAACACCUCUUCUCAGCAAGCUUUCAAUCAUGAUCGAGCCCUUCUUGGGAAGUUGGAAACUGGAAUCCAGUGAAAACUUUGAGGAAUCCUUGGAACAAUUGGGAGUGCCUGUUACAAUCCGGCACCUAGCUGCAUUAGAGAAGCCAACAAUCAAUAUUAGUGCCAAUGGGGAUAAGGUGAGCAUCAAAACAGAGAGCUCUUUCAAGAAUUUUGAGAUCUCCUUCAAGCUAGGAGAAGAAUUUGAUGAAACCACAGCAGACAACCGGAAAGUUAAGAGCAUCAUAACAUUAGAUGGUGACUCACUGGUCCAUGUCCAAAAAUGGCUUGGCAAAGAGACAACAAUCAAAAGACAAAUUGUAGAUGGAAAAAUGGUAGCGGUGAGUUUUCUCUAAGUGGAACUUUUUAGAUGCUCCUGUUUGAAGCAGACCUCUCAAGUUUGUCAGUCACUCUGUCUGAAUCCUGAUUCAAGGGUCUGGGGAAGAGGGGUACAGAAAAUUUAACCUGUCAACUACCAGUUCUAACAGACCCCUCUUUGCUUUUAGAAACAUACCAUGAAUAAUGUUGUCAGCACGCGAGUCUACAAAAAAGUAUGAGGAAAUUGUCUACAUCAGAGAAAACAUGCUCACUAACAGAAAAAUGGGGUCUUGAUGAAGAUAUGGCUCAGGGCCAGUGAUUUUAAAGAUUGCUUCAUAUAAAUUUGCUCAAUAAAAGCAUCAAAUUAAGUGUAGCUUUGGAGCUGUGUGAUAUUGAGAAUUAGGAAUAAUCUGAUAAAUUGGU